AUGCAACAAGAGAUUAAACACAUUGUGCAGCUCUUUUCUCUCUCUUUUUUUUUUUUUCUUCAGGGGGUGGAGAGUGGAGCAGGAACCAAGCGUGAGCCGGCUCCUGCUAAAACUUUGCCAUCGCGCUGCUUUUUGGUUCGUCGGGCUGCAGUUUCCAUAGAAGCAACUUAUCCCCGCGAUCAUCUUGUUGGAUGCCAUGGAUCUGCUCCAGCAAGACCUCUUUUCCCUCCCCCCACUAUACUUCUGGAUAACAUUGCUUUUGUAUGGCAGUGUUUGCCUUCAUCUGCACUUCUGCACAUUCCUCAUCUGUUGCUGUUGUAUUCCCGAGCUUGGAGGCUUGCAAGGGUUUCUCAUCUCUGUAGCAGGACCAGUGCCCCCAAGGCAUUUCUGUGUAAACUCCACCUGCAAAGGGCUAUUGCUGAGCUGAUGCUACUUGAAGAAUGUUGCCAUGAAAUCCAUUUGAAAGCAACAGCUCUCUGGCACAAAAUCCUGUCCAGCUACAGCUCUCCAAAUCCUUCAGCUCACACCAUUACCUGCUGUAAAUGCUGGUUUGGGGCUGACUGCCUGCUUGUAGAGGAGCAGCAUACUGCCUUAAUGGUUCCGGCAGGGUGCUGGAGGGGAAUCGUGUGCCGUAUCUUCCUGGUUUCCAAUCCAAGGUGCCAAAGUCUACUGGGGCACAGAGUUGACUAGCAUAAAAUGAUUCAUGCAGACCAGAAGUGGAAUGCACAUUGAUCAGAAGUUGAAUAUGUGCUGACAAACCACCUCAAAAAAAAAAAAACACAGAAAAUAUUGAACCAUGGCCAUUAAAGUUGAGGUCCGUACACCUAUGGACUGAAGGAAACUUUCAAGAUAGUUUCAAGAUAGUUGUAAGUUGUAACAGUCUCCUUUCAGCAAUUAUUUAUACUGAUGGACUUAGCAUUUUGUUGUUAAACAUUUUGUCAUCCUGGGAUAUUCCUAAAAACAUAUUCUAAUAA